GUAAAAAUAAUUCGUCUGCAGCUAAAAGUGUUCGUUUACAAGAUUUGUUUGCCUUUUAACUUUUUUUUAAACAUAUGUUAAACUUUAAUUUAUGCCUUAAACUUAAGAAGUUUUUUGGUAACAAAUAAAAUUUACCACCAUGCUUGGAAAUAAGGCUCUUGAACUAAUUAAGCAACUGCAAAGAUGUGAUUAUUUAAACCCAAUACAGGAUGAAGUUAUGAAACAAGUAUUCGAAGAAAUGAAGGCAUUAUAUGAAGAAAAUCAAAUUGAUGUAAAUGCAUCAAUAACAAGUGAAAUGCAGUAUCAUGCAGCUGUACAACUUAGACAUGCUGUGUUAUUAAGGAAUCAACGGUGCAUUUUAGCUUAUUUAUAUAAUAGAUUGCAAAUGAUUCGAGAUAUUAGAUGGGGCUUUGGUGCUAUCUUACCUCCUGAAGUUCGAGCUUGCUUAUCUGAAUCAGAAGUUAAUUGGUUUUCCUCAUACAACCGAAAUAUAGCCAGUUACAUGUCAUCCAUUGGUGGUGUUGGAGUUGAUCUUUUCACGAAUCUACAACCUCCUAAAUCUCUAUAUAUACAAGUUAGAUGCCUGAGUGAAUAUGGUGAUUUUGAAACAAGUGAUGGAAACACUGUUGUUUUGACAAAAAACAGUACUCAUUUCUUACAGAGAAAAGAUUGUGAGAAAUUAAUCCAUCAAGGCAUCUUAGAGCAUAUAACAGAUUAGAUAUAAACUGGACUCUAAUGAAAUAUAAGUAAAUGUAUUUCAUGUAAAAUUGUAAAUACAAUCUAAAAUUUUGUAUUAAUCAUUUUCAUAUACAUAAUAAAUCAGUUUCGAAUUUUUAAAA